UGCUCACUGUAGUUUGCCCAGACUCCUUAUCUCCUUGCCGAGCGACCCAGCCCUCUCGCUCCGCGGAUCUUCGUCCUCCUCGCGCGAGCGCCGCCACUCAUCACGCUGCCGGGUGCCGAGCGCCCGAGCCCCCUAGCUCGUCUUCCUCCUCGCUCGAGCGCCUCCACCGCAGGAACAUUGUCUGUUCUGCUUGUUUGAGCAAGUACACGCAGUUCAAAUAAAUGGGAGUUCAGGUAGAUCAAAGAUCUUCCGUGGGUCUAGAUAGCCUCUACGGGGUACAACUUACGGGCCGGUCACAGUAUAGUGAUGAUGAACUUGUCAAAACUAGCAUCAUGGAUCCGUCAACUUGUGAACAGCAGGAAGGUUUUGGCUUGACCCGUAGUUUGCAAAUCCGGCGACUAUGGCAACAAAGACCUCCAUGCCUGAAGCCCAUCCACUGUAGUCUCUCAUGUGAUAAACAUGCUGGUGAAACUAUUGCUAAUGUUGUCACGUCACUUCCUUUCAUUGUUCUUGGACUGCAGACACCUAGAAAGAACUUGAAUACUGCACUUUAUGCCAACUCGCUGAUUGGAGUUGGAGUUGCAUCUAGCUUGUAUCAUACUUCGAGAGGAGAAAUCAGAAAAUACAUGCGGUGGGCAGAUUAUACAAUGAUUGCCACUACAACACUAUGCCUAACAAGAGCGCUUCGUAAUGAACAUCCAAAAUUACUAAUGGCAGCAUCAACAUUGCUCCUACCAUUCCAGCCCUUGAUGGUCACAGCCCUCCACACUGGGAUGAUGGAGGUUUCAUUCGCAAAACGAGCAUCGAUCGAGCCGGAGCUCAGGAUGGCGCAUAACCUGCACAGGAUGUCGUCUCUAUUGGGAGGUGCACUGUUCAUCGCUGACGAUGUCUUCCCAGAGACCCCCUACAUCCACGCGGGGUGGCACCUAGCUGCGGCAUUGGGUGUCGGCACAUGCAACAAACUUCUUGAAUGACAGUACAGAUUUCAGAGACAUUUCCUUGCUGCCUGCAGGCAAUUCUGUUAUCAGCAACCAGUUGAUAGCAAUUCAUCAACCUGUCGACAUUGAUCACUGCACAUUGCAUAGGUGAUAGGUUUACAUUGAGUCUAGAAACAUUGGAGGAUUACUACACGAGCGUACUAGUGCUCUGAGAGUGAGACGAACUAGGUGCAGUACCAGUUUGUGCAUGUAUUUUGUUGUAUAUGAUGUAUUGUAAUUGUUGUUACGGAGUACAUGAACACUUUGAUGAGAUGUAUGUAUUUUGUACGUAUUUUUUUAUAGAAUCGAGAUGGAUAUACUAA